UAGGGAGAGCAAGUGAGGUUACGUUCGCGUCAAACACCUGUUGUGUCAAAAUCAACAAAAUCGCGUCAAGAUCCGACACUCAAGAAAGAAACGCGAUCUGUGUAAAUCUAAUCAAUCAUGGCGCGUUACUUCAGAGAAGAGGAUAUAGACGAGUUCCGAGAAUGUUUCUACCUGUUUGCCCGAAGCGGUCAAAUUCGCACGCUUGACGAGCUCACUAUAAUUAUGAGAUCUUUGGGACUGAGUCCGACCAUUGCAGAAUUGAACAAGUACAUGAAGGACAAAGGUGGAAAAAUGUCCUUUGCCGAUUUCCUGGAGGUAAUGCAUCUUCAGACUCGUGCGGAGGAUCUACCGAAAGAAGUGAUAAAAGCUUUUCAAGCUGCUGAUACCUCUCGCAGCGGCACUAUUCCAGCACGACAGUUGGCGCAUAUGUUGCUUCACUGGGGAGAACAAUUGAGUAGUAAAGAAGUGGAGCAAAUCUUCCGUGAGGCCAAUGUGUCUCUGAACGGACACGUGAAAUAUGAAGACUUUGUAAAAAUAGCUUGUGCACCUGUACCUGAUUAUUAUUAAAGAUUCUUAAGCUUUUAUAUAUUUAUUAUGUACUAAUAUAUUUUAUAUAUUUUUACU